AUGGCCGGCCGGGGUUGCAGCUGUGGUCCCGGCCACUUGAAUGAGGACAACGCGCGCUUCCUGCUGCUCGCCGCGCUCAUCCUGCUCUACCUCUUGGGGGGCGCCGCCGUCUUCUCCGCGCUGGAGCUGGCGCACGAGCGUCAAGCCAAGCAGCGCUGGGAAGAGCGCCUGGCCAACUUCAGCCGCGGCCACAACCUCAGCCGCGAAGAGCUGCGCGGCUUCCUCCGCCACUACGAGGAAGCCACCAGGGCCGGCAUCCGCAUGGACAACGUCCGUCCGCGCUGGGACUUCACCGGCGCCUUCUACUUCGUGGGCACCGUUGUGUCCACCAUAGGGUUUGGGAUGACCACUCCAGCGACCGUAGGAGGAAAGAUCUUUCUGAUCUUCUACGGCCUCAUCGGCUGCGCCAGCACCAUCUUGUUCUUCAACCUCUUCCUGGAGCGGCUGAUCACGGUCAUCGCCUACAUCAUGCGGUCGUGCCACCAGCGGCAGCUGCGCAGGCGCGGGGCGCUGCCCGCGGGCAGCCUCAAGGCGACGGGCAGGGGCGCGGACAGCCUGGCCGGCUGGAAGCCCUCGGUGUACUACGUGAUGCUCAUCCUGUGCUCGGCCUCGGUGCUCGUGUCCUGCGGGGCGUCGGCCGUGUACGCGCCCAUGGAGGGCUGGAGCUACUUCGACUCGCUCUACUUCUGCUUCGUGGCCUUCAGCACCAUCGGCUUCGGGGACCUGGUCAGCAGCCAGGGCGCCCAGUACGAGAGCCAGGGCCUCUACCGCCUGGCCAACUUCGUCUUCAUCCUCACGGGCGUGUGCUGCAUCUACUCGCUCUUCAACGUCAUCUCCAUCCUCAUCAAGCAGACGGUGAACUGGAUCCUCAGGAAGGUGGACGGCCGCUGCGUCCAGCCGUGCCACCGCAGACUGGCGCGGUCGCGCAGGAACGCGGUCACGCCGGGCAACGUCCGCCACCCCCUGGGCGACAUCUCCACCGAGACGGACGGCGGCGUGGCGGACAGCGACACGGACGGGCGGCGGCUCUCGGGGGAGAUGAUCUCCAUGAAGGACUCCAGCAAGGUGUCGCUGGCCAUCCUUCAGAAGCAGCUGUCCGAGAUGGCCAACGGCGGCCCGCACCAGGCCGGCACGCCGUCCCAGGAGGACGAGUUCUCGGGCGGGGUGGGCGCCUUCGCCAUCAUGAACAACAGGUUGGCAGAGACCAGCGGGGACAGGUAGAGGACAGGGCGCUGCCGGGCGCGAGGCCUGGCGGGGACUGGAGCAGGAGACGCUGGCCCUCCACGGCCACCCCGGGCCCCUUCCCAUCCGGUCCCCCAGGCCCACCUUUGGAAAUCUGACCUUGGCCCCAACAAGAACCACCGUCCAGGGCUGGGGGGACUGGAAGUCCCAUGCCUGACUCCUUACCUUUACCCAUCCUGUUUAAAUCCAAUCUUUUCUAAAUGAAUCACAGAAGCAACAGAAGACACUGUAUUGUCACUUAUCUUUCUCCCAAGUUUUAACUGCCCAAGGGAAAUAGGUUGACUAUGAGCCUGAUUCUCCCUGCAAACCCCCCCCCCCCCCCCCACUGUUUCAUUUAGAAAUGAAAACCUGCAAGACUCUAGUUCUUUCCCUAGAACACUGAAAGGAGACAUUCUCUGCCUCACCUAGCCCCUUCAAGAAAAGGGAAAGGAAUGUUCCAGAACGUUCCAGGGCUAUGGUGGUUUGGUUUGGUUUUUUGUUUUGGAGGGAUUGGGGGCGGGGCAUCCUUCCAAGCAGAUUUAUCAAUGGUUCCAUGAAUAGGGAGAAUAACUAGUCUACUCUUUCUGCACGCUUCUUAGGGUUUUUUGUUUUUCCAUUUUGUUUUCCUUUUCUGUUUAAGACUAGAAUGUUUGGCUAAGGUGUCUUGGAGACCUCAGUGUGAUAAGAAAACUGAAUUUGGUUUCAGGUGUUUAAACUGCCUCAAGAUGGAGGGGGACAGGAGAGAAAGUCACUUUUGUAACUGAAGAACACACUUUAACCUUUUCUCUUUGAAUGGUCACUUAGAUCAUUUCAUUUUUACCAGGGCUUGGGGCCCACUGCAGAGAU